AUGGGAAAACUUGUAUCAGUGGUUUCUGGCGAGAUUUUUGACGUCGCUGUGGAUUUGCGGCCUGGAAGUGCUACUUUCGGGCAGUGGCACGGUGUAAUUCUGACAGGUACAAUAAGUCAUCUUGGAUCCCUGAUGGAUUCCGGCCAUGGAUUUCAGGUACUAUCCAACUAUCAGCCUGUUUUGUUUGUAGCAAAAGUCGCUGCAAAUAACACCGUCACUUCAAAGGACAGAGUCCCUUUUGGCAUUGGUGUUCAUACUUGUGCAUUUUUACUGGAAUAUUUGUAA